GAAGGAGGACUGUUGUUUCUAAUGAAGAAAGAGCUCCACCCUCGGCCACUGCCACAGCGGCUGUGUCAAUAACAAGGGCAAAACAUUCUUCCUCUUUGUGUAUAUCCAACAUGGAUGCUUUUCAGAGCAUUUUAAAAUUUUUCCUUAACCAGAAAACUGUUAUUGGCUACAGUUUCAUGGCCCUGCUGACCGUGGGAAGUGAGCGUCUCUUUUCACUUGUGGCUUUUAAGUGCCCCUGCAGCACUGAGAAUACGGUCUAUGGGCUGGUUUUCCUUUUUGCUCCUGCCUGGGUGCUGUUGAUCCUGGGAUUCUUUCUGAACAACAAGUCAUGGAAACUCUUCACAGGCUGCUGUGUGAAUCCCAGGAAAAUCUUUCCUAGGGGUGACAGUUGCCGCUUCUUCUGUGUCCUUGGUGAGAUCACUCUCAGUUCAUUGGUGGCUCCUGUGAUGUGGCUCUCUGUGGCUUUACUCAAUGGAACGUUUUAUGAAUGUGCCAUGAGUGGGACGAAGAAUUCGAGACUCCUGGAACUGAUUUGCGAUGGCAAGCCCAAAGAGUGCUGGGAAGAACUUCACAGAGUAUCCUGUGGCAAAACUAGCAUGCAAACCACGGACACCGAAGAACUGAAAUUGUCCCUUCAAGCCCAGUCUCAGAUUUUAGGAUGGUGCCUGAUUUGCUCAGCAUCUUUCUUCUCACUGCUCACUACCUGUUAUGCUCGCUGCCGAUCUAAAGUCAGCCACCUUCAGCUGAGCUUUUGGAAGACGUACGCACAAAAGGAGAAGGAGCAGUUGGAAAAUACGUUUCUGGAGUAUGCCACCAAGUUGAGCGAGAGGAACCUGAAAUGCUUUUUUGAAAACAAGAGGCCUGAGGUCUUUCUUAUGCCCUCUUUUGCUGCCUGGGAGGCUGCCUCCCAGCUGCAUUCCUUCCACCAAAGUCAGCAACACUACAGCACUCUCCACAAGGUGGUGGAAGAUGGCUUGGACCUUAACCCUGGGGAUGACGAGACAACCAUGAUUCUCGUGGGCACCGCCCAAAAUCUGUAGCUCGUCCUCGUCGCUGACUCAUGGUGUUGAGUGGUAUACUCACUUGGACAUCCUCCUACUCUAUCAAAAGCAACCUGUAUCUCUGUAUUUCCCCACCUUUAGAGUUUCUUCACAAGACAAUCAUGCCUGGAGAAACUGCUUUGAAGUUCUCAAGUGCAAUGCCACGAUGUGUUCAAACUAAUGCUAAGUGGUGGCAAAGCUCCUCUUCAUUGAGUGAGGGUGGGCUCAGUAAGCCCAAAUGUCUCUCCAACUUCUAAGAUUUUAUGAUUCAGCACAAAGACUCAUUCGAGAAGGACUGUUGCUCUCUGUAAAUAUUCGUCAUGGUAUCAGAGGGCAGAAGCAACGGCUUAUGAGUGAGCAAGGGAUUGUUGCCAUAGACAGCAGGAGUCCUUGUUCUGUGAAUCUAUCCCACUGCCUUUCAAGGAUGCACAGACUUUUAACACUUGACAUUCAUUUCUGUGGAAUAGCAGUGAAGUCACAUCCUGCAAGCCAGCAUUCCAUAUGAGCGCCGGUUAGAGUCCUGGUUACUACACUUCUGAUGCAGCUCCCUGCUAAUGGCCUGGGAAAAGCAGUAGAAGAUGGCCCUAGUGCUUGGGCCCCUGCACCCACAUGGGAAACCGGGAAGAAUCUCCUCGACCAGCUGUGGCCAUCUGCGGAGUGAACCAGAAGAUGGAAGUUCUGUGUCUCUCCCUCUAUCUCUGUAACUCUGACUUUCAAAUAAAUAAAAUAAAUCUUAAAAAAAAAGAAAAAGUGGGUUAAAAUGCCUAAAUAAACUUAAAAAAAAUUCAUUCCAUCAGAAUCUGAAGAUCUGAUCUCUCAAAAGCAACCAACUGAAAGUAAUAUGGUGCUUAAAAUUCAAAGCUUUUCACAUGUCCUCUAUACACCCUGAAAAUAUGUUCCUGGAGACAGGACUAAAUCACAACUUUUGUGGACUCCAGCCCCUUUUGACUUCAUGUAUCAUUUUCUAACUCUCAAUAGGAAUAAUAAAUAUAUGUAUGUGAUGUGUAUGUAUCUAAAGGUAUCUGUUGAUGUUCACACACAUCACACACAUAUACGUAUUUAUGAUGUAUUGAUAAAAAGACAACUAUAUUAUCAUAUA